AUGAAUAUUUAAAAAGGAAAGCAACAGGGUCAGAAGACAGGUCCAGGUAUGAAUUAUGGUGCUGGAAUGUCUGGAAUGGGAAUGUCAGGUAUGGGAAUGUCUGGAAUGGGUAUGUCUGGUAUGGGGAUGUCUGGCAUGGGGAUGUCUAAUGGUAUUUAGAGUGGGAUGAACAUGUCAGGAACUGGAGGGUUCUCAGGUAUCAGCAACUAAUAAAAAUAAUUUGGAAUGUCAAGUAAUAUGUCCGGUAGCAUGGGAUUCUCAAAUAGCUCUGGUUUUAAAUAACCAUAACAAUAAUAAACCCAAAAAAAUAAGUUUGGCUAGCAAUAAGGAAUGUUGGGGAUGAAUAAUGUUCAAUAUGGAAAUAUGGGUUAGAUGAAUUAGAUGUAGAUGGGGCAAAUGCAAAUGUAAAUGGCAUAAUAAUAAAUGAAAAAAGGAAUGGGACAAAUGGGCCCAGGAUAAAUGGGAAUGGGAAUGGGAUAGAUGGGCAUGGGAAUGGGAUAAUUGGGCACGGGUAUGGGCAUGGGAAGUUAAAUUAAUUAUGAGGAUGACGAUGAACAAGAAUCAGUGCUAUUAGAAGAAGAAAUAGAUGAGCAUUAUAGACCUACUAACCAAGAAAUAAGAGAAUAUGCUUACUUUUUAGGGAUGGAAUUGCCUGAAGAUAAUGAUCUAUUAUAUAUAGCCAGAGAGGGUUUGAUGGCUCCUUUGCCUGAAUCUUGGAAACCAUAUCAAAACAGAAAUAAGGAAAUCUCGUAUCUUAACUUAAUCACAAAUGAGAGAAAGGAGGAGCAUCCAUGUGAUGAUUAUUACAAAUAAAUGUUUUAGAAAGAAAAAUAAAAAAAAAUAGAGAAAAUAGCAAGGGAGCAAGCUAGACUUGUCAAAGAAUCGCUGUUUGGUAAAGAAACAAAGGAACCAGAAAUUGCAGUUUAACCAAUUGUUUAAUCUGACGUUUUUAAUAGGGAUUAAGAUCCAUUGUUGAAAUAAACUUAAGAGAAGAAGCUAUAAUAAUAUAGGGAAUAAAAAAAGAAGGAAUUUGAGGAAUAAAAGAAGAAGAUUGAUAAAAAGAUUGAAUAGUUGAAAAAAGAAGCAGAUUAGGAUUAUGAAAAGUAAUUAGCUAAAUUGAAGGAGUCCAUAAAAGUCAAUUCUUCCAAAUAGAAAUAGGAGUUUGAGGAAAAGUUGAAGAAGUUAAAAGAAUAGGAAGAGGAAUAAAUGUUAGAAUUAGAAUAGUAUGAAAGAGUAUCAAGAGCCAGUUUGGAGAAGAACAUUUAAUCGAGGUUGGAAAUUGAAAAAAAGAAUUUGAAAUAAUUAGAAGAGAAGUAAAUGGAAAGGAUUGAUGAGGAAUAUGAGGAAUAAUAUAAGAAUUAGAAGAAGGAUAUUGAAACUAAAUAUGAAAAGGAAUACUAAUAAUUAGUGGAAUAGGAGAAACAAUUACGCUUUGAAACUACAAACACUGUGUAUGAUGAGGAGAAAGAAUUGGAAGUGUUGAAGCUAAAAUUCAAGGAGGAGGAAGACAAGAAAUUCGAAGAACUAAAAAAAGCAAAAUAACAACAAAUUGAUGAUUAAAUUGAGCAAUUCAAAAGAUAAGAAUAAGAAAAAAUCAAUUAAGAAUUAGCAAUACUUGAGGAAGAAUUGGCCAAGGAGAAAAAAACAAAAUCAACCUUUGAUGAGAAUUAGAUUAGAUAAUAAUAUUAAAAAGAAUUUGAGGAUGAAGAAUAAAGGUUAACUGAAAACUUAAAAUAAAAAUUAGAAAUAGAAAAAAUGAAGAUUAAAAAAUAAAUUAAAGAAUAAGAAUCUAAAUAAAGAAAAGAGAUAGAUGACCAAAUUAAUAAAGAAUUGAGAAUCUUAGAGUAAUAAUUUGAGGUUGAGAAAAAAAGGAAAGAGGAAGAAUUUGAGUUAGAAAAAUAGAAAAUUGAAGAAAAGGCUAAGGAAGAAUUUUAUAGAUAUAAGAAAAAUUUUGAGGAUUCUGCUCAAUAAUAAGAAUUGUAAAUCAGAGAAUUCUUUGAAUAGGAUUAGUUCUCAAAAAAAUAAAAAGAAUAAAGUCUAUUAGAAAAUAUUGAAUAAUUGAAAAAAGAACUGAAUAUUGUUAAAAAUGAGCAUAAUAAAUAUAAGUAGGAGGUGGAAGAAUUGUAGAUUCAAUUAUAAUAGACAAGUUAAUCAAUAGAAUAUGGAUAAGUUAUCAACAAGUAAAAAUUUGAAUUAAAAUAAUUGACAAUGUAAGAAAAAUCACUUUUAGAAUAAAUUGCAUUCAAAUAAUAGAAAAUUUAAGAAAUUAAAAAGAAUAUCAAUAAUUUUAAUUAUAAUAGCAAGCUUUUUGGGGAGACAAAUUUAUCUGCUUUUGGAUAAUUUGGAGGUUAAAUUGAUAAUCUCAGAAGCAAAAUAUCUAAUAACAAAUCUCCUUUUGAAAUAGAGGCUGCAAUUGCUCAAUUGAUGAUUUAAAUUAGAUAAUAGAAGGAUCAAUUGUUGUCAGAUUAAAAGAUGGUGUAAAUGGAUUUGGAUAGGUUGAUGAAAUCAAAGUAGGAAAAUCAAGAUUCUUAUUUGGAAAGCAUGAAAAAUACAGGAAAGGCCAAAUUGGAAUAAAUAUAAGAAAAAUUAAGACAAUUAAGUAAAACCGAACAAUGGGUGAAAGAGAAUUAAUCUGUUCUGAAUCAAUAAUGAUUUAUAGAAUAUUUAAGUAAAUCAUACUAAUCUGAAUAUUA